AGGGCGAGGAUGGAGCAGAGCUCGAGGCGCGAGCGGGGCGCCCCCCAGCAGGACGCGGCAAGCAAGGAAGAAUUUGAGGAGCAAGAAGGGAAGAGACUGAGGGGGCCAUUGUUGUGCUCAGAACAAUUUGCUCACAAUGAGAAACUUGUGAGUGAAGUUGGAAUCGGAAAUAAUAUGGUGUCUAUACACCAUACUGUUAUUAUAGAAGAUGAAUCUCAGAAAGCUUUGGAGAAAGGAGAGGACAUUGCAAAGGAAGAAGAGCAGAAUGUGCACUGUUCUACAGGCAGGCAACCUGAAUUACUUGCUCCACAGCCAUCAGUUUUGGAUUCUCAUCAGCUCAGUUUCACAAACAUAGGUAGGCACCUACCUACCCAUUUCAGUGAUAUGAACACUGAUCCCCCUGUUCCAGAUCCUGAACUGAACCAAGACGUUACUGGCCAGCCAAAGUCACAGGGGCAAGCAGAUAAAGAUGCCAUGAAAAAUCAGAGCAUUCUUGCAACAGGUUCUCUAAAAGCAUCUCCUUCUGCUCUUGGAGACCUGCAUCAACCAGAGCAAAUUCAGGGCAUGAAUCAGAAUCUAAGCCUGGGCCAUGUGACUCGUAGAUCAGCCAGGUGUGCAACAGUUAAUUGCACAGGUCUGCAGUCCUACAGGCUUUCUUCACUCCAGGUUUCCAAGAGUGAGCCAGACAGCACCAAAGAAAAGGAAAGUUCUCCAGAACCUCCAGAGGAACCUGCUCCACCUGCCCGGAAAAAGACACGUACAUUCUACAGUGCUGAACAGUUAGAUGAGCUGGAGAGAAUGUUCCAGGAAGACCAUUAUCCCGACAAUGAGAAACGCCGGGAAAUUGCUGCCACUGUAGGUGUUACACCACAGCGGGUUAUGGUCUGGUUCCAGAAUCGCAGAGCCAAAUGGAGAAAAAUAGAAAAACUGACAGUGAAGGAAAACAAGAAGUGUUCAGCUGGAGCAUCAACUUUGUCAGUAGUCCCUCAACAAAGCUCUCAAGGGGCAAUGCUGCAAACUGUGCCCCAGUUGUCUGACCCUAUGAAUGAUCAGCCUGCUACACUCAUGGUGGGCACAGCAACUGUCAACUAUUCUAGCAUAUUGACAGGGCAGCCUGCAUCCCUGGUCUCCACAUCAGUUGCCUCAGUUACUGGCAGGACAACCCCAUAUGAAUCUGUCCAGACAAAGCCCGUGCCCCAGGGCACCUUCUCUUCUCUUAAGGAAGAAAUAUUUCCUGGCAUUCCAAGUCCUCCACCCAUCCGUAGAGCUAGUUUGCCUCUCAAUGUGGCGAUAAACCAAAACAAUCCAAUUGUUCCAUUGAUGUUGGAUAGUCCCAGCAGUGAAUAUAGCCCAGCCAGCCAGGAAAGCAGCUCCAGUGAUACCUUCACCUACAGCAUCCAGAGCCAAAGUGUCAACUCUCCUGUGCAGUGCAGUUACUCUGAACAGCUGGAACCUACAGCCAACCUAGAGACAUCAUAUUAUCCCCCAGUAACUCAGCCUGGGGCACACCCAUUUAAACAGUACCCUCAGCACCAGAUGUCUCAAUUGCAGCACUUCCCAGUCCAUCUUACUGGCAACCUGUUGCCAAGUGUCCAUUUCACACCAGCUGCACCUAAUAAAUCCACCACAGCUUUUUUGUCCCUACCUGGCACUGGGGGACUUGUGACAUAUGGAACAGGAGAGGCUCCUCAAAGGUAUCUACAGAACCCCAUAGGAGGACAGAUCCUAAUACAGCCGGCAGCCAGCAGCUCAGGCUACAUCCCUGCAUUUCAAGCUCUGCCCUGGAAUGAGUUUUAUGUACAAGGAGCUCCAGUUGCCACUCAGCUUUGCUCACAGGUGCCAUUGUCCAGCUCAGAAGCAGGCUGUUACUCUGCAGAACAGCCACAGUAUGUCCAUAGCCAGAGUGUGCAGCCCAGCUCUUGUCUGCUUCAGCUGCCAAAAGCAGCAUUGCCAGGAUCUGCUCUGCUGUUCAGUGCCAAACAAAUGGCAACAGCAGCUCAAGAUUCAAGCCCAGAUCACCAGUCUCAGCCAGAGCCCAUGACAACACUUGAAGGGGCCUCUGAUGCUGAUAAUAUCCCCAGAGAUGAUGAAAAUAUUGCUGAUUUCCCUGAAGAUAGCAAGAACUGACUCAGUCUCCUCAUUUAAGAGCUCUAGAAAGACAAAAAGAUAUGGCAUUUUAAUUUUUUUAAAUAUCUUCCUGGAAAUAGACAGAUGAAAGAUUUAUACUUUGAAGUUAAGUGCCCUAAAGGACUGAAGAAGAGAGAAAAUAACGUUGUGUUCUUGUUACAAUGACUAGUUCUAUUAUUGUUACCUGUUACUUAUUUAUUAAUAUUGUUGCCUGCUGAGGAAAGAAGCAGCGAAAUUUCAGUCAAUAAACAAAAUCUAGUUUUUUGUUUUUUGUGUAGAAAAAUAUUGUUCUUAAUACGUCCUGUUGCCCUCAGAUACCAGGUAGCCGGGAUUCUCAUAGUGGUUGUAACCAUGUUACUUACAUGUGAUUUAUU